AUGGAAGCUGAAGGAGGAGGAAGGGUUAAGAAGAAAAAAGAUGAGUUUUUAAAAAUAAUAUUUCCAUGGUCUCUUGAUGACAUUCUUAAUCAGAACCUCUACAAAAACCAGGUGGACAAGAUACCCCUUACUUUUGAUUCGGAACAACAGUAUUUCAGUUCUUUUGUUUAUCCUUUGCUUGAGGAAACACGUGCUGAACUAGCUUCCUCUUUGGAGAACAUACAUAGAUAUCCAUCUGCUCAUAUUCUCUCUAUUCACGAGGCCACACGCGAUGGAGAAGCUGUGUAUGAUGUUAAAGUUGGUCCCUGGAGAAACACAUCUUUUGAACGUGGCAAGCUGCCUUACCAGACAUUACCUGGUGAUCUUUUCAUUUUCAUGCAUGGAAAAGCAGAGUCUGUUUCUGAUUUGCAACGCAUGGGAAGAACAUGGGCUUUUUCGUUAGUUAGCAAAAUCAAAGAAAAUGAUAAUGAAGACGAUUUUGAAGCUACACCAUCACGAUUUACAGUUAAAGCCUCACAACCUGUUAAGUUCCAAGAUGGGAUGUUUGUCGUUUUCUUAAAAAAUAUUAAAAUCCAGACAAGGAUUUGGGAUUCAUUGCACAUGAAUGGAAAUAUGAAUAUCAUUAAAGCGGUUCUUGACCCUCAUUCUAUGGUUAAGGAGAAUUGCAAUACCUGUUCUUUUGAUUUCGAUAGUGUAUGUUCUCUAGAUGGAAAUCCGUUGGAUAUGCUGAACGAGUCACAAAGAGCAGCAGUUAUGGUGUCCCUUGUUAAAACAGAAUGUUGUCACAAUUCAUAUGUGGAACAAAUAUGGGGACCACCCGGUACAGGAAAAACAACAACAGUUAGCGUUUUGCUAUUUGUUCUCUUGCAAAUGAACCGUAGGACCCUUACUUGUGCGCCAACAAACAUUGCUCUGUUACAACUAGCUUCUCGAAUGCUAAGUUUGGUUAAGGAAUCAUCUAAGACUACAACUGCUAAUGAGAACUUGGUUUCAAAAGAUCUCGAGCACCUUUUCACAUCUAAACCAUUGCCUGAUGAGUUGGAGAAUAUGUCGUUGAUUAAUUCUGUUAGAGCCAAGUCGAUAUCAAUUUUAAGAGGUCUGCAGAUAUCUCUUGAAGUACUAGGUCUUCCAGAUGUUGUAAAUAGACAUGUAAUAGUGGAGUUCUGUUUCGAAAGAGCUUCUCUUAUAUUCUGCACAACAUCGAGUUCCUACAAGUUGCAUAUGGUUCCAGUGAAGCCUUUGAACAUUUUGGUCAUAGAUGAAGCGGCACAGUUAAAAGAGGCUGAGUCCACUAUCCCUCUUCAGCUUCAUGGGAUAAAGCAUGCUAUUCUUAUUGGAGAUGAGUGCCAAUUACCUGCAAUGGUUACAAGUAAUGUAUGUAUUGAAUCUGGCUUUGGACGGAGCUUAUUUGACAGACUGAGUUAUGCAUGCCAUUCUCGGCAUCUACUAAAUGUUCAGUAUCGAAUGCAUCCUUCCAUCAGUUUCUUCCCUAAUUGGAGGUUUUAUCAAAAUCAGAUUCUUGAUGCAGAAAAUGUAUUAUGUGAAAGUUAUGAAAACCGAUAUCUUUCAGGACCAAUGUUUGGUUCAUAUUCAUUUAUAAAUAUUGUUGGAGGAAGAGAAGAAAAGGGUGAUGAUGGACAGAGCAAAAGAAAUAUGGUCGAGGUGGCUAUCGUGAUGAAGAUUGUAAAAAGUCUUUAUAAAGUAUACAUUAAUACAUAUGAUCUCUCUUCUUUGACAUUUAUAGCAUGGAAAGACUCGAAGAAGAAGCUUACUAUAGGUGUUGUAUCUCCUUAUGCUGCCCAAGUUGUUACAAUUCAAGAAAAACUUGCUCACAAGUAUGAGAAACUUGAUGGUUUUUCAGUAAAGGUGAAAUCGAUUGACGAGUUUCAGGGUGGAGAAGAAGAUGUUAUUAUCUUAUCGACAGUCAGAUCUAAUAGCCAUGGAUCUACAUUGUCUAUGGAUUUUGGGAAACGAAAGAACCCUGAGUAA